AUGGUGACGCAUCGGCACUCCAACGGCGGCGUCUGGCGCAGAGAUUCGCCUGGCCCUACGAGUUUGCCGUUGAAUUGCAAGGUGACGAAGUGUUACCAGAACUAUAGAUGCACUUCUCUUAGCACCCUCGGUACGUCCAUCAUCAUGCACGUGCGCAACAUGAUCAACUACACGAUAAGUUCAUUCACUGAAGUCCCCGGGCGCAUCCAUACUACCCGGGACAUAUACAAUCACUAA